AUGGCGCCAGUCAUCGACAGCACAGUCAUCCCUGGCACCGUGACUCUGGUAGACGUGGAUCAUGUCGUGGAGACCCGGCACUUGGACCACGGAGACCGUGACAUUGUAUUGAUCCCGACCCCGUCAAAUGACCCAGAUGAUCCCCUCAAUUGGAGUCCGAGACGGAAGAUUCUGUCGACUGCUUGCGUGAGCAUCUAUACGAUGUUCUCAGGAAUUGCCUGCUCGGUCGUUUACUCGGUGAUUACGCCGCUGCACGAACAAACAGGAUUACCCAUUAGUACUCUGAACGAGGGAAGCGGGUAUAUGUUUUUGUUGGCUGGCUGGGGUUUGCUGUUCUGGCAGCCUUUCGCUAUGCAAUAUGGCAAGCGGCCGACAUACAUGUUGUCGUUGAUCGGAAUUUUGGGUAUGACGAUGUGGGGACCAUACGCAAGCACCAAGGGCCAAUGGCUCGCAAGAAACAUCGUCUUGGGUUUCUUCACAGCACCUGUAGAAGCGCUUCCUCAGAUCUCCGUCACGGACGUGUACUUUACCCACGAGCGAGGAACAUACAUGGGUCUUUAUGCAUUCUUCCUAGCAGGAAGUAACUACCUAGCGCCGGUCAUUUGCGGCUUUAUCGCUCAGUACCAGGGCUGGCGGUGGGUAUUCUACUACCCUAGUAUCUUCGUCGGCGGUGCCCUUAUCUUCCUCUUCUUUUUCUGCGAGGAAACAAACUAUGUUCGAGCACAGCCCGACGAGCCUAGCACUAUCGCGGAAACCCCAAAACUCAGCUCGGAAGACCACGAAAAAGAGAAAUCUGUGGAUGUUGACAUGGAAGCUGCCACUAGGGCUAGUAUAAGUUCGGGCUACACCAAGAACUUCUCUUACGGAUCCUACCUGGUUUACUUCAACAUCAUGAAUGGAACAGCCUCUAUCAUUCUUGGUGGAGAGCCAUAUAACUUCGGAUCUUCCAUGGUCGGUCUGAGCUAUCUAGCACCCAUCACCGGUGUGGUCCUGGGAUCCUUUUUCACUGGCCGAUUUAGCGACUGGCUUACUGUGGAACUCGCCCGCCGGAACAAUGGCGUCAUGGAGGCAGAGCACCGUCUCUGGCCCUUCCUCGCUUGUGUGGUGCUUGUGCCUGCUUCCCUUAUUCUAUGGGGGGUUGGUGCUGCCCAUGAGGUCCAUUGGUUUGGACUAAUUGCUGGAAUGUGCAUGCUGGCCUUCACGAAUACAUGUGGCAUCACGCUCAGCGUUAAUUACUUUAUUGACAGCUACCGAGAGUUGAGCGGCAUUGCCAUGGCUAGUGUGAUUUUGAUUCGGAACACCAUGGGCUUUGCAAUUGGUUAUGGUAUCACGCCUUGGAUUGAGAACAUGGGGUACCAGAACUGUUUCAUCUCCGCUGCUUUCAUUGGCAUGGCAUGCGCCUCAGUCUUCCUCUUCAUGAUUAAAUUCGGAAAGACCUUCCGUGAACGUUCUCGCGAGAAGUACUGGAAGCUGGUUCAAGAGAACUGGGAGAAGGGCAUGGGCAAUUAG